AUGACAGUGGACCAAUAUCACACUAAGUUCAACGAGCUACUCCGAUUAGCGACUUAUCGAGGGACCAUGCCCAUGCCGGAUUUUCUGACGGCAAAAUUUCAAAGGGGUCUAUCCGCUAGGAUUGCGGAAUUGGUAGCUGGUAACGACACAUGUGACAUGGCCACCCUAGUAAACCGAUGUAGGAAGGUGGAGGCGGUCGGUUUACAAACAAGAAAACCCGCGGAGGCCAGCGGAUCCGGACACAGAACUCCGAUGGCUAGGAACGGACCAUGGAGAGGGAAGAACAGAGGCAGACCGUGGCAGCCCAGGCGUGAUGAUAACAAGUUCAAGAGGCCUGGGAAUCCUCGAGGAAAUGGCAACAGGGCUCCCAAUUGCCUCAGAUGUGGGAAGGCACAUUUCGACAACUGUUUGAGUGGUUCGAUGAAAUGCUUCAAGUGUGGCCAAGAUGGACACUUCAUCAAGGACUGUCCACAAUGGAGGGAACCCCAGCCAGCAACAGAGGCGCCAAGAGUGGGCAGAGUCUACACGCUGGACCAACAUAAGGCGGACCAGGCGGCCGAACUAGUUAAAUGUACGAUUAAUAUAUGUGGUGAGGAACUAUCUGUGUUAUUUGACUCUGGAGCAACCAAUUCCUUCUUUACCGACUAUGUGGCAAAAGCCUUCAACUUAACCAUGAGCCCAAUGCAAUCCCCAAUGCAAGUUACCUCUGCGACGGGGGAAGUGACAAUGUCUCACUUCGCAUGCAAAAAUGUAGAAUUCAUAUAUAAAGGAAAGAAGUACAACCAAGACUUCAUAAUCCUCCCCUUAGCCAAACUGAACCUGAUAUUGGGAAUGGAUUGGCUGGCCAAAUAG